UUCUUUGAGAGACGUAUCUCAAGUCCAGUCCAUUAAAAUGUAAUGCCUACUCAUCGUAUUCUUAAUGCCUAUUUACAUUAUACUUCAUGCUUACUUACCGUAUUCUUAAUGUCUACUUACAUCAUUCUUAAUGCUUACUUACAAUAUUUUAAAAAAUAUAUAAAGAGACUGUCUCUCACAAAAAUUUGUGAUUUUUUUUAGUCCGUCCUCAUAGAAUUUGCCAUAAUUCUAUUUUCAGUUAUGACUCACUCUUUAAUUUCAAUCUACACAUUUAACUUAUAUUUUCAUCACGUUUAGACAUUCCUUCACUUUCUUGUAAAGCACACCUUUCUACCCUACCAAUCCAAAGAACCAAUGUUAUACUCUGUUGCAAUUCCUACGGAACAGAAGAAAAUAGUACAAUUUUCAAAAGAAGACAUAUAGAGAGCAGGGGUGAAACAAAGAUUUUUAAAGCCCUAAUUAUUUUAGUGAUGUCUUUUAAAAUGAGGCCUUUCAAUAUAUUUAAAGAUAAAAAUUUUACCACUUUCAAGGAAAAUAAUUCAAAAUAAAAUGUAUUGUAACAUUAUAUACUUUAAUAUAAAAAACGGUUUACAAACAAAUCACUUAAAAGGUGUUGCUUAGAGCCGAACUUGAAUAGAACCACUUAAUAUUUAAGGCCCCUUAUUUCUUAGGGCCCUAGGUGGUCGGCUACCGUGAACCGGCCCUGGUUGAGACUUGAGAGUAAGCAUGUAAAGGAAUAUUGUAUGCCUAUGCAUAAGAAAGUAGGCUAAUAGCAGCAAAAGACAUAACAAAGCAACUUAAAACUUAAGAAAGCAAAAGAGGAAUGAUUCCUUAUUCUUUUCAGAGGAAUUCUGAAUGGAAGACCUUUAAGAUGCCCUUUUCAACCUUGCAUAUAAAAGGGAAGAGUUGUCUUGUUCCUACACAAGAUCACAUCCAUUGGAAUAGCUAUUACACCUCUUCAAUAUUGAAAAGGCUAAGCUAAACAAAAACCAAAACCAAUGGCAACCAACACCAAGACUUCUACCAUUUCGGCACCCCCCUCCAUCGAGUUUGAACCUUAUUGUGAAUGGCGGAAAGAGCAAGAACCCGCGACCUUAGUAUUCCGUCUCCCAGGUUUCAAGAAAGAUCAACUAAGAGUUCAAGUGAAUAACAAUGGAGUUCUAAAAGUAAGUGGAGAGAUGCAAGUAACUGAAGGAGGAAAAACAAAAACUAAAAAGUUUCACAAAGAAUCAAAGAUACCAGAUGGCUGUGACAUCAAUGACAUUCGAGCAAAAUUCACUAACAACGAACUUCAUGUGACGAUGCCGAAGAAAAUCACUCCCCAAAUUGCGCAGGAGAAAAAACUAGAAACAAAAGGAGCACAUAUUCCCCAAACCGAGCACGAGAAAAAACUAGAAACAAAAGGAGCACAUACUUCCCAAACCGAGCAGGAGAAAAAACUAGAAACGAAAGGAGCACAUACUCGUUCUGAUGAUCAGCCGAAGGACGACCACAUUUUUGGGUUAGGAAGCUCCCUAAAAAGGUUGCAAGCACAGAAGAAGGUGUCCCUGAGUAUUGGAGUUGCAGUUGCAGUGAUUGCCGCUAUUGGAGCUUAUGCGGCUUAUAAUUAUGGAUCUUGCCCUUCUUCUUCUUCUUCACAAAUUGAGAAGUAAGGCCUAGCUUGAUCUUGAUUAUGUGUACAGAUAAAUUCAUGACGAAAUGUCUGAAGAAAUGAAUAGCGUAAUCGAUUCUUGAUCAAUUUGUACAACUUACAUGCAUGACAAACAUGCCUUAAGAAAUGAAUGAAUAUUGCUUUCAUUGUUUUUAUGAAAA